AUGGCCCGCGGCGAGCUCUACUGGGCCUUUACGCCAGAUCUCAUCCAGGACAGAAAGCAGUGCGCCAGGGCGUGCAGGAGGUUGAAUACGGCUGAGGAGGUUAGCAGGCGAGAACUCGUCGAGAUUUGGAAGGAUAUUACUAGAGAUGAAGAGCCACUGCCGCCAAAAGCUGCCAGUGAAGAAGAAGAUGAUGCCUUGUUGGAGGAUUACCCAUGGGUUGAAGGACCGCUAAAGACAGAUUACGGAUACAACAUCAAACUCGGAAAAAACGUCUUCGUCAAUUCAAACAGCACCUGGAUCGACACCUGCCCCAUCACCAUCGGCGCCCGCACGCUCAUCGGCCCCAACUGCAGCUUCUACUCCGGCACGCACCCGCUAGACCACCGCGUUCGCAACGGCACGCGCGGGCCCGAGUCCGGAAAGCCCAUCCACGUCGGCGAGGACUGUUGGUUCGGCGGCGGCGUGACGGUCCUGCCGGGGGUGACGAUUGGUACAGGGGCGGUGGUUGGCGCGGGGAGUGUCGUGACGAAGGAUGUUCCUGAGGGGGUUGUUGUGGCGGGGAAUCCGGCGAGGGUGUUGAGGAAGACGAUUGAGGAGACGGGGAAUGGAGCUGUUUGA